AGAAAAUAGGACUGUUUUGAUACGGAGGGAGUUGUGAGAGGAUACCUGUGAUUAACACAUAUUAGAUAUGCUCCUUGAAUUACGACUGAUCCUGUCUUUUCACCACACCUGGACAUUAAGUGACAUUAGUAGAAGAGCAGUGCAAUCCUUGGCGUGUUGAUGAUGAAAAACAAGCGAACCUCGAGCCCGGCUUUGUUCAUCCACCGCAACGAGAAUAGACCCCGGACACCGUCGAUCACCGAGCAGCGCAGCAGACAUGGCGAGGACUCAGUUCAUGACUGCUGGCACCCGGGACGAAAUGUUCUGCCCGCAGCUACCCCAGGCCGGCAGAGUCUUGCCUCCCACCAAGGAGAAGACCGACCCUGGGGAACUCACACCUUUGCUCGAAUCCAAAAAGUCCAAGCAACCGUCUGUGGACAGUAAGACAGCAGAGGAAGAUUUCAACGAUAACCUGCCUAACAGGCGUGGCAUAGGUAUCAGCAUUUUUAAGAAGAUCAAAAUGGUGACCCUUCUUGGUCUGGCCUCUACAGCCUUUAUUGUGAUUAUGAUUAACCCGGAACUCAGCCUUGAGCAAUAUCAGAUUUGUGUGUCUAUGAAAGAGCCUCAUGCGUUAGACAUGUUACACAAGGAGGAGACUACCAUCGAGUUUCUGAUUCAUGCCCCAGUCUUAGACGCAGAUGCCAUCAACUCUACCAUGCGGAAAACCAUGCCGAAACUGACAAUUACCAUCAACACCUCAGAGCCAUGGGAUCUAUAUUUGGACGAAAAUGCACUGAGGACUGGUAAUCAGAAGGCCUUCAAACACGAAUUUUCUUGCUGUUUAUCUACACAUGGUGGUAGCUAUCAGAUUUUCUUCAGCACAGACUGGGAGGAGUCCAUCCCGAUUGUCUUUAGCUAUCACCCGCUAAACUCUCUCGUUCACGAACAAGUCGUUCUAGCCGCCAUUAUACUGGCAUGUGUCUACUUUUUGAUUAUCUUCGAGAUUGUACACCGAACUCUUGCCGCUAUCCUCGGAUCUAUGGCCACAGUGGCUGUGCUAGCUUCAUUAAACGAGAGACCAACUCUGGAGGAGAUCAUGAGCUGGCUUGACGUGGAAACUCUCGCUCUUCUCUUCGGCAUGAUGAUCAUUGUCGCCAUUUUCUCGGAAACCGGUUUCUUUGAUUACUGUGCGCUGGUCGCCUAUAAGAUCGCAAAAGGUAAAGUCUGGCCGCUCAUAACCCUGCUCUGUGUUUUUGCCGGCGUUGUGUCGGCCUUCCUGGACAACGUCACCACAAUCCUGUUGCUCACACCCGUUACCAUACGUCUUUGCCAGGUUUUGGAUCUAGACCCGCGGAAGAUUCUAAUCGCUGAGGUGUUGUUCUCUAACAUUGGGGGUACUGCCACAGCCAUCGGGGACCCGCCUAACGUUAUCAUCGUCUCUAACCAGGAACUCGCCGAAAAGGGGAUCAAUUUUUCCUCUUUCACCGAGCACAUGGUGGUGGGAAUCGUGUUCAUUAGUAUAGCAGGGUAUGGACUGUUACGGGUGUUUUACCGAAACGUGAAGCUUCUACAGAAUCAGGACCCUCCCGAACUCAGAGAAUUGCAGCAGGAGAUAGCGCAAUGGCGCCGAGCGGCUCAUCAUAUAGUUGUGGCAUCACGAGAGGAGAGCAUGGUCCGGGCAUUGCUGCUUCAAAAGGUGGCCACACUGGAGACUCUAAUGAGGAACCAAAUAUACAAGCGCAAAGCACGAGAAACAAAAGAUUUUGAAGCGAGUGUCGAAGAUUUGGAGAAAAAGUGCCGUAUCACGGAUUAUGUCCUUCUGGGGAAAUCUGGCGUUGUUAUAGUCCUCGUCAUUUUGGCUUUCUUUCUUCACUCAUUCAUAGAAAGCAUGUAUGUUGGUUUGGGCUGGAUCGCCAUCAUGGGGGCCACCUUACUCCUGGUUCUGGCCGACAUCUCUGACAUGGAGAGUAUUCUUCAUCGAGUGGAAUGGGCUACUCUACUGUUCUUUGCAGCGCUUUUCACUUUGAUGGAGGGAUUGGCUAAACUGGGCUUGAUAGACUGGCUGGGAGACCAGAUGGGACUAGUGGUGUCCCUAGUUAGUGAUGAACACAGACUGACAGUGGCUAUCAUCGCUAUUCUCUGGAUAUCAGCUAUAGCAUCCAGUUUUAUAGACAACAUUCCAUAUACCACCGCCAUGGUCCCUGUGCUUGUAAAGCUGAGUGAAGAUUCCCGUCUGAACCUUCCCAUAAUGCCUUUGGUUCUCGCCCUGGCAUUCGGGGCUUGUUUGGGAGGUAAUGGCACGUUGAUAGGAGCCUCGGCUAAUGUCGUCUGUGCUGGUAUAGCGGAACAGCAUGGUUAUGGCUUCUCUUUUAUCGAAUUUUUCAAGAUUGGUUUUCCCAUGAUGUUGGUCACAACACUGGUCAGUAUGGUUUACCUCCUGAUCUGUCACGUGGCUUUACAGUGGCACUGACUGGCGCCGGCUGUACAGAACACCGUUCCUGCAUGCUUUGACCGAUGCCACGCUUUUCCAAUCUGGGAUGUGAUGAUCCGCUAUUCUCAUGAAAAAGGCCCUAUGGCUGAUUCCACCGACAAUUAAUUAAUAACAAAAAUAUUCUAACAAGCUUAGAUAUGCUGGGAAGCAAAUCCGUUUGUGUCAUUUAACUUAUGUUACUAGGUAAGCAAACUGAACUCGUCACACUUGUUUUUACUUUAUGUGCAGGCAUAAAAGAAAACAGUAGUCCUACUGAAAACAGUACAUGCCCUGUGGACGUUUAUAAACCAAGAACCUGAGGCGUAGCAUUCUUUACGAGAGGACAGCUAGUUUAAAGUUCAAUUUACGAAACUUUGGGGGUGUUGACUCGAUUCAAUUACCCAAGCAAAUUUCCUUAAAAUCCAAUUCCAAUCAGCAACUGUGAUGUUAUACUGAAAAGUAAUCUGUGAUAUAAAACUCUUUAAAUUUGAAAAUACUCACAAAAGGCUUGGACGUCAGCUUUUAUUAUUGGCGUAGCAAUGCUCUCAUUACUUUAUCUUAUUAUUGUAGAGAUCUAUAAGACGUUUUGCAUAAUAAAUCUAUGA